CCCACGACCUCCUGUAUACCAGGCGAGGUAGUUCACAUCAGGAGGAGGGGGGACAAUGUAAACCCCAGCUGCAGUGAUAAUGAAAUUCUCGCUUUAAACUUGAAUCAGCGACCCGAGACCAGACUAUUGUGAGUUUGAAUGCUGUCCUAUGUGGGCAGCCGCCACCGUAGCAUAAAAUGGCAGGCGCAUCUUACAGAUGACAAGCCAAUAGUUAGUGGGAAGAUCAGCUCCACGGUGUGUCCUUGUGCCAAGAACGAGAGCCCACAUUCUAUGUUCCAGCACUAUGAUGUUGUUUGGAUGUGCCGAUGCACGGACAGCGUGUUGGUAAUUAAUUAGCUACUGGACAUCUGUGAUGAAGAGCUUUAUUGCUCAUUUUAUUCCUCCAGUAUAAAUAAAUAAUCUGAUUCUGGCAAGGCCAUAGGCUGAUAACAAAAAAACUAGCAGCCACCUACUGUUGUUAUUGUGCUGAUCUGGCUAAUGCCUUCCAAUCACUCCAGCACAGGUGUCCGCGUCAUGACUCACUCUGGCAUUAAAGUCACUCAACAGGACAAUUAUGUCCUGAGCGGCCACUUUAGUCAGCACCUCCACUGAUGUUCAUCUUCGAUUGAGGGCAUAAACCACCACCACCACCAGUUCUCGUCUAAAGUUGAUGGAAAGGUGUGCCCAAAGUAGACUGGAACCCACAACUUUCCACACGUCACCACCAUGCUCCGAUGCCCCCUUCAUUGUUUGUUCAGUCGAGGACUGUCCACCCCUCACAGGGGCUGAAGCCAGGACCAAACUCACGGGACCUCCUUUCUUCCGCAGAGAUCCACGUGGCACCAGUCAAGCUCUCAACAGAGGUCCACGUGGCACCAGUCAAGCCCUCAACAGAGGUCCACGUGGCAGCAGUCAAGCUCUCAACAGAGGUGCAGGUGGCACCAGUCAAGCUCUCAGCAGAGGUGCAGGUGGCACCAGUCAAGCUCUCAACAGAGGUCCACGUGGCACCAGUCAAGCCCUCAACAGAGGUCCACGUGGCAGCAGUCAAGCCCUCACCAGAGGUGCAGGUGGCACCAGACAAGCUCUCAACAGAGGUCCACGUGGCACCAGUCAAGCUCUCAACAGAGGUCCACGUGACACCAGUCAAGCUCUCAACAGAGGUACAGGUGGCACCAGACAAGCUCUCAACAGAGGUCCACGUGAUACCAGUCAAGCUCUCAACAGAGGUCCACGUGACACCAGUCAAGCUCUCAACAGAGGUCCACGUGGCACCAGUCAAGCUCUCAACAGAGGUGCAGGUGGCACCAGUCAAGCUCUCAACAGAGGUCCACGUGGCACCAGUCAAGCUCUCAACAGAGGUGCAGGUGGCACCAGACAAGCUCUCAACAGAGGUGCAGGUGGCACCAGUCAAGCUCUCAACACAGGUCCACGUGACACCAGACAAGCUCUCAACAGAGGUCCACGUGGCACCAGUCAAGCUCUCACCAGAGGUGCAGGUGGCACCAGUCAAGCUCUCAACAGAGGUCCACGUGGCACCAGUCAAGCCCUCAACAGAGGUCCACGUGACACCAGUCAAGCUCUCAACAGAGGUUCACGUGGCACCAGUCAAGCUCUCAACAGAGGUCCACGUGGCACCAGUCAAGCUCUCAACAGAGGUCCACGUGGCACCAGUCAAGCUCUCAACAGAGAUGCACGUGGCAUUAGACAAGCUCUCAACAGAGGUGCAGGUGGCACCAGUCAAGCUCUCAACAGAGGUGCAGGUGGCACCAGUCAAGCUCUCAGCAGAGGUCCACGUGGCACCAGUCAAGCCCUCAACAGAGGUCCACGUGACACCAGUCAAGCUCUCAACAGAGGUUCACGUGGCACCAGUCAAGCUCUCAACAGAGGUCCACGUGGCACCAGUCAAGCUCUCAACAGAGGUCCACGUGGCACCAGUCAAGCUCUCAACAGAGAUGCACGUGGCAUUAGACAAGCUCUCAACAGAGGUGCAGGUGGCACCAGUCAAGCUCUCAACAGAGGUGCAGGUGGCACCAGUCAAGCUCUCAACAGAGGUCCACGUGGCACCAGUCAAGCCCUCAACAGAGGUCCACGUGACACCAGUCAAGCUCUCAACAGAGGUUCACGUGGCACCAGUCAAGCUCUCAACAGAGGUCCACGUGGCACCAGUCAAGCUCUCAACAGAGGUCCACGUGGCACCAGUCAAGCUCUCAACAGAGAUGCACGUGGCAUUAGACAAGCUCUCAACAGAGGUGCAGGUGGCACCAGUCAAGCUCUCAACAGAGGUGCAGGUGGCACCAUUCAAGCUCUCAACAGAGGUGCAGGUGGCACCAGUCAAGCUCUCAACAGAGGUCCACGUGGCACCAGUCAAGCUCUCAACAGAGGUACAGGUGGCACCAGUCAAGCUCUCAACAGAGGUCCACGUGGCACCAGUCAAGCUCUCAACAGAGGUGCAGGUGGCACCAGUCAAGCUCUCAACAGAGGUGCAGGUGGCACCAGUCAAGCUCUCAACAGAGGUCCACGUGGCACCAGUCAAGCUCUCAACAGAGGUCCACGUGACACCAGUCAAGCUCUCAACAGAGGUACAGGUGGCACCAGACAAGCUCUCAACAGAGGUCCACGUGGCACCAGUCAAGCUCUCAACAGAGGUACAGGUGGCACCAGACAAGCUCUCAACAGAGGUGCAGGUGGCACCAGUCAAGCUCUCAACGCAGGUCCACGUGGCACCAGUCAAGCUCUCAAUAGAGGUUCAGGUGGCACCAGACAAGCUCUCAACAGAGGUUCAGGUGGCACCAGUCAAGCUCUCAACAGAGGUGCAGGUGGCACCAGUCAAGCCCUCAACAGAGGUGCAAGUGGCACCAGUCAAGCUCUCAACAGAGGUGCAGGUGGCACCAGUCAAGCUCUCAACAGAGGUCCACGUGGCACCAGUCAAGCUCUCAACAGAGGUGCACGUGGCACCAGUCAAGCUCUCAACAGAGGUCCACGUGGCACCAGUCAAGCUCUCAACAGGAGUCCACGUGACACCAAUCAAGCUCUCAACAGAGGUGAAGGUGGCACCAGUCAAGCUCUCAACACAGGUCCACGUGGCACCAGUCAAGCUCUCAACAGAGGUGCAGGUGGCACCAGUCAAGCUCUCAACAGAGGUGCAGGUGGCCCCAGUCAAGCUCUCAACAGAGGUUCAGGUGGCACCAGACAAGCUCUCAACAGAGGUCCACGUGGCACCAGUCAAGCUCUCAACACAGGUCCACGUGGCACCAGUCAAGCUCUCAACAGAGGUCCACGUGGCACCAGUCAAGCUCUCAACACAGGUCCACGUGGCACCAGUCAAGCUCUCAACAGAGGUCCACGUGGCACCAGUCAAGCUCUCAACAGAGGUACAGAUGGCACCAGUCAAGCUCUCAACAGAGGUCCACAUGGCACCAGUCAAGCUCUCAACAGAGGAACGGCACCCUCUCCUCCGCAGUGAGCGUUCGAACAAUCCACGUGGCCAACCACAACGGUUUCCAGCUGUUUUUUGGAGGAGUCCCGAGGGAGGGGGUUUCAGUCCGCUGCCUCUGCCAAAUGGGGGUUGGCCAAGUAGAUGUCUGCCCGGGGCCUACGGCACAAGCUAAUUUUUUAUGCUCCAGAAAGCGGUGCAUCGCGCUGUAACAGAGAACAGCCUUCAGGAGAAAGUGGUAUAUAACAACUGUUUGCGAUGUGGUGGUGGUGGCGGUGACUACGCACGUGGCCUGUCGUCCCAACACUGUGUGGCGAGGGGUUGGUGGAUCCAACAGAUGUUGUGCAACUCCCUUCCCGUGGGUGGGCGUCGAGGAGGAAGCUAUACCUUAGCUCGCCUGGAGAUGGCAGUGACAGCAAGCGGACUAAUCUCCCAUCUCUUUCCAUCUGUACGGGGACAGAGUGUCGUCUCCUCGUUGCGCGGGUGGGCUUUCCUCCGGGUGCUCCGAUUUCCUCCCACGUGUAAUAAAAAAAGAGUCAUUGUCUCUCGUGGAUAGUAACUAAAUUAGUCAUUCUACUUUCCCCUUGUCCAAUCAUGAAUCAUAAACUCUUUUGGCUCUGAGAGUUCAAUAAUGGCCGUGCGUAAAGUUCGGUGUCAAGUGAUGGUAACUGGACUUGAUUCGAAGCUUUCGUGACUGUGUCUUUGUGUUGUCUCUGCUUGUGUAUCUGCCUUUGUGUCUUGGCUUGGAUUUGUGUUCUCUGUGCUGUCUCUGCCUGUGUGUGGGCCUUGUUGCUUCCGAGUGGGUGCUGCUGCGCCCCACUUUGCUCCAUGCAUACCUCAUGCUAAUUUGUCCCAUUGUCUCUCAGCCUUACCUUCUCUGCCUAUUU